GAUGCCACUCACUUAUUUGAAACACUACCUUUGGGAGGGCAUAGUGGUGAGACACAGAUCUGCUUCCGUAGUGUUUACAUUUAUGAAACGGUGGUUGGUCGCCUAGUUCCCUAUGCGGCAGUGGCGGUGGCUAACUGUAUCAACAUUCCUUGCAUGCGCAGCGGAGAGCUGAGCUCUGGCAUUGACGUGACCGAUGAGGACGGUAAGAAAUUGGGCAAAUCGGUUCGCACUGCUCGUGUCGCUAUUGCCCAAGUCACUCUUUCUCGAGUUCUCAUGGCCUCUCCUGGCAUGGUGCUUCCACCGUUUUUGAUGGAUGCUCUGGAACGCCGAGGCAUUCUGCGCCGCUACCCUUGGAUCAGUGCUCCCCUUCAAGUUGUUCUCUGCGGCAUUUUCCUCACCUUCACGACACCCAUGUGCUGCGCUCUCUUUCCCCAACUUAGCUCAAGACCAUUCAACAAACUGGAGAGCAGCCUUCAGGAGAAGAUAAUCAAAGAUCUUGGGGAUAAACCUGUACCAAAAGUCGUGUACUACAACAAGGGUCUGUAA